AGACGCGUCAUUGCAAGGAAACUUCAGUAUCUUUUUAAUACUCGCGACGUUCGCACGAUGAGAAUGAUAUUUAAAUAUUAUUGUUUCGUUUUUAUUCUUUUUUUGCAAUGUUGUUAUACCAGUGCAAAGUGUCCUACAAUAGUGAGUCGCAAAGAGUGGGAUGGACUUAAGCCGGUCCAUGUGCGUUACCUCCCGCGGCCGGUGGACCUUGUCAUCAUCCAGCAUACGGUGACCCCCACCUGCGCGACCGACGACGGCUGUGCAGAGAUCGUGAGGAACAUCCAAGCGUAUCAAAUGGACACUUUGAACUUUUGGGAUAUUGGACAAUCAUUCCUCAUCGGCGGUAACGGGAAGGUAUACGAAGGUCCCGGAUGGCUUCAUGCCGGCGCACAUACUUACGGGUACAACAGUAAAUCCAUUGGCGUUGCUUUCAUUGGAAACUUUAACAAAGACCAGCCGACUACUCAAGCUCUUAACGCUGCUAAGGCGCUAAUCAAGUGUGGCGUUGAUCUUGGUCACUUGGCCUCCAAUUACCACGUGGUGGGACAUCGUCAGCUUAUAGCCACUGAGAGUCCGGGCAGAAAGCUGUACAAUGAGAUUAGAAGUUGGCCUGACUGGAUAGAAGAUGUCAGUUCAAUUAUGAACUGAAGCAUUUUCAAAUAUGUGACGAGCAUUUAAUAAUAAAUAUUUUUAUAACUGUUAUAUGUACAACUUAAGCUUUAUGUUAAAACUCUGGUAAUUGCUCAACUAUGAAAUAAAAUUUUAUUAAUAUAGGAGGUACGUUUAACUUAAAUUAGAUCCAUCUUUCCAAUGCUAGAAGGCUGAAUUUUGAAU